AUGUCUGACGGUCACGGGGAGCCGAAUCAGCUGAAUCAAAACAGAAAGGAAAGCGUAGCGGCUGCUAAUGUACCGAGUGAUAGCCCUGUGACGGAUCCUGGGCAGGUGCGAGGAGGAAAUGCCGAUGCUGCCACCGCCGGAAAAUUCGAGGGUCAGCGCGGGAAAUCAGGCGCCUUGAAGAAAUCUGCUAGAUAUCGCAGCAGGUCACUUUCGGCCUCAUCGGCAGAUUCUUACAGUUCUACAUCAUACACCGAUCAAAUUAAACUGGACAUGAUAUAA